CGUCGAAUCUGAGAACCCACUUCCUGAAGAAGUGCAGCCUGGACCUCCUGACUAGACCGUUGUCCGUGGAGGAGAGGGCGAGAAGGUAGGAGGGGAUUCACAUGAGGAAGAACCUCGCAAAGAUCAUUGACAGGGGGGGGAAGAGUUCUACACCGAUGAGCAACCUGCCAUCUGCGAGCAGUCUGGUCAUAGGAGCGAUGGGUGCAGGUAGUGGAGCGGCUGAUGCUGGCGGUGUACCAUUGCGGGUGGCGACUUCUGGGGAGUCUGGCCGUGCAGCGCCCCAAAGGCCGACACUUAUCAAGGAUGUGGACAACAUCAUUACUCGUAAUGAACACACAAGCCGCUUCCUCGAUAACUUCCUGUUCUGCACAAACCAACCCUUCAGUCUCGUUGACAAUGAGUACUUCCUCGAGUUAAUCGACGCGGUGAAGAAGGCACAUCCAUCAUGGUUGCCAUACCACAAGGAUGAGGCACGAACGAGGAGGUUGGACGUGUGCAUGGAGGGGAAAGAGAAAGACUCGGUGGCGUAUUUCAAGAUCCUUGAUGGAGUGAUCAAGGAGAUCGGGCCAAACGCAGUGGUUGACGUUGUCAUGGACAACACAAGAGUGUGUGUGAAGGCGGGUAAGAUGGUGGAGGCCGCUUACCCUCAGAUUUUUUGUGUCGGUUGCACUGCACAUGCCCUCGAUUUCGCACUCGAGAACAUGUACAAGCAGCUCGGUUGGCUGGCGGUGGUCAUCGACGCCGACAAUGUAGUUGGCAAAUUCUUCACGAAUGUGGAUAAGGCGAGGGCUUUGUUCGAUAAAUUUUCGUCGAAUUCGAAGUUGAAGCGGCCGGCGGUCACGCGAUUUGCCACAAGUCACGGCAUGCUGGCUUCGUUGAAGAGAGGGAGGAAUGCACUGGAGAAAUGCGUCUGCGACACGGUGUGGGUGGACAAGAUGGUGAGGGCGGAUCAGCUCGCCGCUUUCCGUAAGGUCACCUCCAUCGUGCUAGGAAGGGACGGGUUUUGGGACAAGGUGGACAAUGCCCUCGCAGUGAAGUUUCCUGUUGUGGAGCUGUUGCGCCUGGUCAACGGGCCAGGCGCAACAAUGUCGAAGGUCUACUUCAAGAUGGAUGCGCUCAUCGAGAGAAUGCGUGGCCUCGACUGUGUCACCCCGGGUGAGAAGGCCGACAUUGAGGACAUUCUAAUGCAUCGGUGGUCGUCCAUGACGAGCGAGCUGCACUGCGCGGCUGCCUUCCUUGACCCGAAGUUCCGACACAGUGCAUUGGCAGAGCGAGAUCGGGAGGUUCGGGCGGGGUUCAACAUUUUGUUGUACUCGUGGGCGCCGAAAGAUAAACCCACCCUCGAUGAACUGAGCCGGCAAGUUGAUGACUGGACCAAACUACGUGGGUCAUUCAACACACGAAAGGCAGCGGAGGCGGCGCGUGUGAAACCGGCGGCCUUAUGGUGGGAAGCAUUUGGGGGAAAGUUGGACCUUCUACAGCCGCAAGCCAUCAAAUUGCUUGGCCAAGCAAGCUCGUCUGCUGCAUGUGAGCGGAAUUGGAGCUUGCAUGAGCUCAUUUUUGGAAGACGGCGCACGAAACUCAUGCCGGAGAGACUGUCAAAGCUGGGGAGACGUGCGGACGGAGAGCCAAAACACAAGACGGGCCGACCCUCAAACGCGGAGCUGGGAGAAAGGAAAGCCCAGAAAGCGAAAGUGAAGGCUGCAAAGGCAGCUGCAGCAGCAGCAGUAGCGAGAAGUGCAACAGCCAGAAAAGGAAGGAAGAAAAAGGCGUGCAGCAAUGUCAUCGACGAUAACAAAAGCGGCGAUGAUGCGGCAACAACAGAUGACAAUGAGGCAGCAGCCGCAGGCAACGAGGCAGCAGCAGCACCGUCGUCGGCAUCCUCAUCUUCCUUGUCGGACGAUGAGGAUACAAGUGGGAGUGCGGCGGAGUCCAUGGAACACGGUGAAGGAGACAGGACGACACGGUUGAGAGUUCAGAGGAUAGCGAGGGGCAAUUCUGGGAGGAAGAGGAAGGAGACAACGGGGAGGAGUUGAGAGCAUCAGAGCUCACUCCUGCAAACUUUGAAACUGGGUAGUUUUGUUUGCAAUUCUAGAACUUUGAAUUUGUGAAC